UUGUCUCAAUUUAUAUCAUGACCGGUUAGCUGGAGGACCACUAAGGGAAUAUUAGUAUUUGUUGUUAGAUUACACGUUUUCGAUAUUUUAAUACUUUUAGAUUUCUUGGAUAUCAUUUUCUAGUUGGCCUGUUUUUGUUCAGUAUCCCAAGCUAUAAAAACUAUAAUAGGUUGGUCGAAACGACCCAUCGCGAGCUUGUGGAAUAUCUGGCGAGUAGCUAGGUAGCUAGUCAGUCAAAUAGCUAACUACCUAACACGCAGCCUCAAUGGAAUUACGGCUCAGCUAGCAAACGCUAUGUUAAACGUUGAGUGAUGAUAGCUAAUAUGCAAACCGGAACCACAGCUAUUGUUAAGAAGGUUUCGUCAUGUGAAGUGGAAUGUUUUGGCAGAAAGCAAACGUUAGCUAUAUGACACUUGGUGGCUAGAACGCCAACAAAUAUGAACACCAUCGUAUUUAUUAGUAACCCAACUAGCUAGCUUGCUAGUUGUCUCCAUAAAAAUGACAACACGACUGACUGAACGUGCAGGCCGGAGCUAGUUUGCUCGAUAGCAAGCAGAGGUUUCUAGCAUAGUCGUGCUAUCUAACUGGCUAACGGUACGAGCGAGCAUAGGUGGAUUAAACUAUAAAUUAUAAAUAACAAGUUGGUGUAUAGAUUUUGAGGUGAAUAUGAUGGAAUCUCAGGAAUUAUCAGGCACUUAUGUGUCUCCUACCCUUCCACCACUAACGGUACCCCGUCAAGAUCGGGUUUUGCUGCACAAAAGCAAUGUCUGUUCUCGUACCUAUUUUGUGGUGGUGAUGGUCUUUUUUCACGUUUACAUAAUCAACGUCAUUGCCUUGCUUCUUUACGUGUACUAUAACAAUGGCCCUGGAGAAAUCGGUACAUCCGAUGGGAACCCCGUGAUAAACGGCGAAAGCAGCUCUCACCAACCUCCUGAGCUAUACAAGUCUCCUGAUCUUGGCUCCCCCGCAAAGAUCCACCUUCCACGCUUUGAAGGGAUUCGGGUAGGACACAUUCAGAAAAUUGCUCUGAUGCCCAACAAAGUUCACACGAUGCAGACCUUGAGCCUGAAGCCGUUACUUUUUGAGAUCCCAGACUUCCUGUCGGAGGAGGAGUGCCGUGUGGUGGUGCAGCUCGCCCAGCUGAAGGGCCUCACAGAGAGCCUGACCACAGUGCCCGAGGGCCGGGAGGAGGAGCUGGAACAGCUGGACCUCACUCCUGAGGACAUCUUCAACCUGCUGGACCUCAACCAGGAUGGACAGCUCCAGCUUCAGGAGAUUCUGACCCACUCGCACACUCAGGAUGGAAUGUGGCUCACCCCAGAGCGCCUGCAGGAGAUCUAUGCCGGGCUCAAGGCCAACCCAGACCAUAAUGGCCUGUUGAGCCUGGAGGAGUUCAGGGGUCUGAGCACCCAGGAUUUGCGGAGCUUCCCAGUGCAGCUCGGGGCGAAGAGGCCCCAGCUGGUGCAGAACAGACGGCACACGUGGCUGUACCAGGGUGAGGGCGCUCACCGCCUCCUCCAGGCUCUCAGGAACAGGGUGACGCGUCUGACCCAGCUGCCCCCCUCGCUGGUGGACUUGAGCGAGCCUCUGCAGGUGGUACGCUACAACCAAGGGGGUCACCAGCACGCCCACCACGACAGUGGGCCGGUUCAGCCCGAGACUGUCUGCUCGCACACCCGCCUGGCAGUCAACGUCUCUGCCCGCUACGAGACGCCGUGCAGGUACAUCACAGUUCUGUUCUAUCUGAACUCUGUGGAAAGCGGUGGGGAGACCACCUUCCCUGUGGCUGACAACAGGACUUAUGAGGAAAAGGCCCUGAUCCAGAAUGGUGUCAGUCUCCUCGACACACAGAAGAGCUGUGACCAGGGAAAUCUGAGAGUGAAGCCCAAGCAGGGAUCUGCCAUCUUCUGGUACAACCAUCUUUCUGAUGGCAAAGGCUGGGUGGGUGAACUGGACGAGUACUCCCUGCAUGGCGACUGCGUACUCGCCCACGGAACCAAGUGGGUCGCAAACAACUGGAUCAACAUCGACCCGGACUACCAGCGCCAGGCCCGAUACCAGGAGCUGGUGGCCCCACGGCAGGACGAUGACGGAGGCGGCACAGAGGCUAACCCUGAAGAGUACAGAGACCUCCAUCAGGACCUAUAGUCUACUGCCACCCUCAUGCACUGAUUCAUGUCCCCUACUGUAUCAAGGUAUCAAACAACAUCCUUGUUGUGCUCCUCUAGGGGAUCAGUUUAAUGAAGCCUGCACAUCACGAGAUAUUAGCAAUGUGAAUACUGUAUGUCGUAACUGAUCCAGGGACAGUCCUGGGCACAGAGCUGAGCUUCACCCACUGCCAUCCUGUGUGUGACCUGUUACACCAACCCCCACAACUAAAGCAACUAAAGGUGAAUGUACUCUCCAAGCAAAUGCCCGAUGAUGUCACCUAAGGAACGGGCCUUGUGAGGGCUGAACAUGCAUUUCAAUGGCUCCGUCCCGGGUUCAUCAUGUAGUAGCAAGUGAGUUCCACUAGAUGGCAGUUGAAAUUGGUCCUGACUUUUUCUUUUCCUUUGUCCAUAAGAAACAACAAAAGAAGUCUGUGUGACCAUGGUUAGCUAUGAGGGGGGAAAUGGGAUUAUUUACAGCUUUAUCGUUAUUUGGGGAAGUUUUACGGUACUAUUUAAUAAACAUUAUUUAUUAUUUAUUUAUUAUUCAAUGUGUCCAUGCAUGUUGCUAAUGGUGCUUCAUAACAAGGAGAAAAUUAAAAGAUCAUUUGAAAUUACGUUUUCCAAAAUUCUAUGUCUAUAUUCUAGAAUUCCAUUUCUUUUAAUUACAUCGGCAUUAGAAUGUUCAGUCAAGAACAUUCUAAUCAAAUAUUUGUAAUCUCUCACUUUAAAGGGUUAACAAUUUGGUUUCUGUAGGGGCCAAGUGUUGAAUCAAUCUCCAUACCCUUUCCCUCUAGUGGCUCAAGUUUAAUAAUCUGCGUGCUGCAGAUAAUACAUUAAUACAUAUGCAUCAGUAAGCAUUUCUGUUAAACUCCUUGAUAAUCAUUAUAGUUUUCCUUUUGGUUUAGUGUUUUUCACAUAUAUAUUUUCAAAAGGCAACUUCAAACUGGGCGGCACGGAUGGUGCAGUGGGUAGCACUGCCGCCUCACAGCAAGGAGGUCCUGGGUUCGAAUCCCCGUCGGCCGGGGCCUCUCUGCACGGAGUUUGCAUGUUCUCCCCAUGUUUCCUCCGGGUACUCCAGGUUUCCUCCCACAGUCCAAAGACAUGCAGGUUAGGUUGAUUGGAGAGUCUAAAUUGCCCGUAGGUAUGAGUGUGUGAGUGGAUGGUGUGUGCGUCCUGCAAUGGACUGGCGACCUGUCCAGGGUGUAUUCCUGCCUUUCACCCAAUGUAUGCUGGGAUAGGCUCCAACCCCCCUGUGACCCUGUUCAGGAUAAGUGGGUUAGGAUAAUGAAUGAAUGAACGAACUUCAAACUGCUUCCAUCUUGUCAUGUACACAUGUACUUUUCACUGUUCGGAGAUUAGGCUUCAGCUUUUUGUAGGGGAUAAGGAACCAAAAAGGCCAUAGGUUAGUAGGCCAAAAAUUUUAACUUAGUUUUUGUGAACAUUUCCACCAUGCUUUAAAAAUGUAACUCACUAGCUCAUUUCAAUAAACUCUUGCAUGGCUGCUUGCUGCCUGCUACAGGAAGAAGACACAUUGUCACUCAACCAGGAUCAGAAAAAGGACCACUGUUUUGGUUUAUAAACUUAAUUUGGUUGAUUUCAGUUGGCUGUUCCUUACUUAUUGCUGGUGGAAAUUAUAUGGUCAUUAAAAAUCAAGUGGAAUCAGAAUUAAUACCGUAUUCUUGGUUGCAUUCGAAUGUGGCCUCGAAACAUGACUUCUCCAUUCAACACAUUUGGCACAUUCCUCAUAUUAUUUAUUUCUUGCAACUAUCUCUAAUGUCCAUUGAGCAACUAUGUUUAUGACCUUCGGUGCAAGGUCCAUCUAUUAUGCCCUCCAAAUACAUUUUUCACACUAUUUCAUAACUAGCAUUUACUCAUUAGACUUGUAUUUUGUACGGCUAUCAGGGAAUGUAUUGUGUGUGUGGUUUUUAUUCAUUUAUUUAUUUGUUUAUUUAUUAUUUUUAGUUCCUGCUCCUUGUGUCCAUUAAUUUCAGUUUACAUCUUGUGCACUUGGUCCCUGCGCAUGCUUAGAUUACUCAGUCACCGUCAUAUGUGCGGUAUGCUUUGUGUUACCCAACACCUCUAGGUUAAUGUGUGGCUUUUUCCAUGGUCUCAGGGUCUAAUUUACAUUUACUUUUACUUGUUCAUAAAGGGUGACGUAUGGUGAUGUUUGUGGUUUAAUAUAUAAGGGGUGUUUUGAUGUUUUGUCUUUGUGUCCCUGUCCUAAUUGCUUGCUCAAGUCCAUGUUUUAGAACAGAUUGACACUCACUGUUAUGUGUAUAAUUUGUGAUGCUUGUACUGUUCAAAAAUGGCAAUAGUAAUUUAUCUCUUAAUUUAUUUGUAUGUCGUUGCUUUAAUAAGUAUUUUCGAUAAUGUAACAGAUCCAUAUGCUGGGCGCAAUCCUGUUAUAACGAAUUUGGUUGCUUUUGAAAAUGCACUGAAUCACUUUUGGCUAUUGAAGAUAUUAAAAUGUAGAUUAAAGAAAUUGCAGUGA